AUCCACACAUUUUCAUAUUUCUUCAAAAAUAUCAAUGUACGUGGACUAGAAUUAUACAACUGUGUCUCUGAUUAUAUUGACUGCUACACCCGGGAAAGUGGAAUAUAUUGUGUAAAUCUGUAAAUCUGUAGUAACAGUUCCACCAUGUCAAUGCAUGGUGGACGUGCCAGUAUCAGUGGAAGCCAUCACUUUGGAUCUGCUAAGAGAUGCCAGAGAGACAGUGAGGACCAGUCCUUUGGGAGUCAUCGACACUCCUAUGAUCCCAUGGUGCCAAACAACACUACCGCUCAACAUCCCCUGUAACAUCCUCAUCAAACUGGAGAACAUGCAGAGAACUGGUCCGUUUAAGAUAAGAGGAGUGGCCAACCAGUUUGCCAGGAGACCAAAAGGAGCUCAUUUUGUCACCGUGUCUGCAGGGAACUAUGGGAAGUCUUUUGCGUAUGCCUCUAAACACUACGGCUCCAAGGGGAAAGGGGUGAUGCCAGAGACAGCCCUUGUAUCCAAAUCUACACUCAUACAAGAGGAAAACAUGACGUUCCUCCACUCAUACGAUGACCUGGACCUGAUUGCAGGACAUGCCAGCCCCCUCUCUCCCUCCCCCACUCUCUCUCUGUGCUGUAGUUUAGGUUUUGAGGUGCUGGAGGUGAUGCCCCAGCCUGAUGUAGUGGUGGUGUGCUGUGGAGGAGGAGGUCUACUGGCUGGGGUGGCUGCUGCCAUCAAACUGGCUGGCUGCGAGAAGAAAAGGAUAUAUGGAGUAGAGCCAGAAGGAGCCUGCACCAUGUACAAAAGUUUCAUCGAGAAGAAGCCUGUCGGCAUGGACACCAAGAGCAUUGAGUCAGGACUGGCUCCACCUUUUGCAGGUACAGUACAUCUCAGAGAAGUAGAUUGGCUAGAUUUAAAUAAAUCCUAAAAGAUCAGGACAUAAGAAGGAACAACUUUGUCUUCAUCUGGAAUGAACCAUAGCCAAGCCAACAAAUAUGUGAAAUGUACCUUCUUUACCUGUGCUAACUCCCUGAUGUGUUUUGUACCAUAAGGCACUUAAAGGUUCAAACAUCUACCAUUGCUAACUGCCUGGUGUGUUGUGUCCCUCCCAGGCACCCUGCCCUAUGAGCUGUGCCACUAACUUCCCUGAUUGAAUGUCUAGUUACUUACUUGCUUAGGUAUUUUUCUACUCUUGGAGCAUAGGCCACUGACAACAGUUUUCCAGCGUAUUUAGUCCUGGGCGAUUUGUUCAAGUUCUCCUCAUGCGUUGCCCCAUUGAAUGUUUACAAAGUUAUUAUUACAGUGACUACUACAGAGAAUAAAGAAUGAUUAUUCCAACCAGUCUGAAUUAGGAGAAAUUAUGCAUUAUUAUUUUACUACAUUGACUAUUACAGAGAAGAACGAAUGACCAUCGCUCUAACCAGCUAAAGUUAGGGGCAAAUCAUGCAUUAUUUUUCUCAAUAAUAAUUGUUAUACUGUGAUAUUAUCUUUUUGCAAAUAAACUAUGCAAUGUAUUCAAUGUCAGGAA